GCUGCGGCGACUUCCAGGCGGUGCGCAACGAGGCCGACCUCCGCUGCAUGGCCGUGCCGCCCAAGUACCGGCACAUGCAGACCUUCUACAGGUAUUACUCUGGAGAGAAGAAGGCGCCGAUCCUCACAGUCUUCAUUGGGGGGAAUCAUGAAGCCUCAAACCAUUUGCAAGAGUUACCCUAUGGUGGCUGGGUGGCCCCGAACAUUUAUUAUUUAGGUUUGGCUGGUGUGGUAAAAUACCGAGGCGUAAGGAUUGGUGGAAUCUCGGGCAUCUUUAAAGCACACGAUUAUCGAAAAGGUCAUUUUGAGUGCCCCCCUUAUAAUUCUUCUACAAUAAGGAGUAUAUAUCAUGUGAGAAAUAUUGAAGUCUAUAAAUUAAAACAGCUGAAGCAACCUGUGGAUAUAUUCUUAUCUCACGAUUGGCCCAGAAGUAUAUAUCAUUAUGGAAAUAAGAAGCAACUUCUUAAGACUAAAUCUUUUUUCCGACAAGAGGUGGAGAAUAACACGUUAGGAAGCCCCGCUGCCUCUGAACUUUUGGAGCACUUAAAGCCUACUUACUGGUUUUCUGCACACCUUCACGUGAAGUUUGCAGCCUUGAUGCAGCAUCAGGCCAAGCAUGAUGGACAGACAGCCAAAGCAACCAAAUUUUUAGCCUUGGACAAAUGCUUGCCACAUAGAGACUUUCUUCAGGUAUUAGAAAUAGAACAUGACCCCGGUGCUCCCGAUCACUUGGAGUAUGACACCGAGUGGCUUGCCAUUCUCAGGGCUACUGACGAUCUUAUUAACGUGACUGGGCGCCUGUGGAACAUGCCUGAGAACAACGGGCUGCACACGAAGUGGGAUUAUAGUGCAACGGAAGAGGCUAUGAAGGAAGUAUUGGAGAAGUUAAAUCACGACCUCAGAGUUCCAUGCAACUUCAGUGUCACCGCUACGUGUUAUGACCCUAGCAAGCCGCAGACACACAUGCAGCCGGUCCAUAGGAUCAAUCCUCAAACGACGACGUUCUGUGCCCAACUUGGCAUCACAGAUAUCAACGUCAGGCUUCAGAACGCCAGGGAAGAGCAUCACGUGUGUGGUGAAUCCGAAGAACAGGAUGAUGUGGACAGUAGUGACUCUGGAGAAGACCGGAGCGAGUAUAACACAGACACGUCUGCCCUGUCCUCUAUUAACCCAGACGAAAUAAUGUUAGAUGAAGAGGAGGACGACGACGAUAUUAUCGCGAGCACACACAGUGACGUGAAUACACCGUCUUUAGGACCUUCCUCUGAUCAAGCCUCGGACUUUUCUGCCAGCUUCUCUGACGUCAGGAUCUUGCCGGGGUCCAUGGUUGUAUCCUCCGACGAUACAGUAGGUUCUCCGAUGAGAAGCGAAGGAAGACCUGGGGAGACUGUGGAGUCAGGGGAUGAAAGGGACUUAACUGCCGUGCCAGCGAAGAGGCUCAGUGAUGGACAAGAACCUGAACAAAGAAAGAAAAUAAAGAGACGGAACCAGGCCAUUUAUGCUGCAGUCGAUGACGAUGAGGGCGGGGAUGCAGCUUAGGACAGUUUACUUCUCUGAGUAUUAUGUGUAGACAUGGGAUUUUUGAGAUCAUAUUUUUAGAGUUGGAUUUUUGACUAAAGACCUACCUUGUGAUACUGAAGUUACAUAAGAGAAUUUUACUUGGGAAUUGACUUUAUCUAUAGGCCUUUGUGUAUUUCAGAUACAGACAUUAAAAUUUUGUAUAUUUA